UGCAGGGACCCCCGUGAGGGGGAACCGCGGGGCGGGGAUGCCGACGGGGCUGGGAGAACACCCGCGGUCACACGCUGCUGCUCGAGUCCGUGGCUCAGUGGCGGCAGGAAGGUCGCAUUGCCGUCUGGCUCCGUGUCCCCAUCCUCCAGAGCGGGCUUGUGGCAACAGCUGCUUCCCAAGGCUUUGCUUUCCACCAUGCCGAGCAGGGCUCAUCCACCCUGACACUGUGGCUGGGAGAGGGGCCCAGCAGGCUGCCAGGGUUUGCCACCCACCAGGUGCUGUUCUAGAUGAAAGCACUGGAAAGGUCCUGGUUGUACAAGACAGAAAUAAGACUAUAAAUGCAUGGAAAUUUCCAGGAGGUCUGUCUAAUCCAGGAGAAGACAUUGGAGACACAGCAGUUCGAGAGGUUUUUGAAGAGACUGGCAUCAAGUCAGAGUUCAAGUCCAUCCUAAGCAUCAGGCAGCAGCACCAACACCCCGGAGCCUUUGGGCAGUCGGACAUGUACAUCAUCUGUCGCCUGCAGCCCUCCUCCUUCAGCAUCAGCUUCUGCCAGCAGGAGUGCCUGAGGUGUGAGUGGAUGGACCUCGAGGAGCUUGUCAGGACAAAAAACUCUACUCCCAUCACCAGCAACGUAGCCAAACUCCUACUGUAUGGGUACAGGGAAGGGUUUGAUAAGAUCGACAUAACCAUGAGGGAGUUCCCAGCUGUUUACACAGGCCUGUUCUACAAACUGUACCACAGGGAGCUGCCCGAGUCCUACAGAAACAUUACAUGAGAGCAAUACAUUUCACAUUUCGUUAGAUUAAUAAUUUAGAAUUAUUACUGCAGUGUUGCACAUUAAAUUUAUUCAUGGACUUCUUUUUAGGUAAUUAUUAGUAAGUAAUUAUUCUCUAAUAAGCUAAGAGAUAAAUUAUUUUUAAAGGUAAAUAUUGCUGCAAGUGUGCAUCAGAUUUGUUUUCCUUUACUCCAUAAAGAAAGCGUAACGUAAAUAAAACAGCUCUGCAUAGAUACCUAGAAGAAAACAGAUGUGUUAUUGAUCUUGAAAAUAUAUUUUCCAAGAAAUUUUACCUCCAC